GAGUUGCGCAUUGUAAGUUGUGAGUGGUGUUGGUACGAGUACCCGUAUCGUUGACGACGAUGAUGGCAACAGGAAUUUUCUUGGUCUCGGUGUUGGAUUCACUCGCUUGCUGCCAUUGUUUGUGUUUUUACCGUUAGUGGUGUUGCUGUUUCUGAAUAUACCCCAUACACACUACACACACACAACCGAGUACACACUAUAUGGACAUACAUACAUAACUAUAUAAACAUGUGCACGAACUGCACAGCAAUGUAUAGGUUGCUUUUGGUAUUAAUGGCUGAGAACAUUUACGGCUGCUUACAAAUGUUUUUGUGUGUGCGUUUGUGGUUGGCAUAUAAAAUUCUUGGGGACGCAAGGACGGACGUAUGCUCUUGCAUAGCGUGAAUGUUCAGAAAUUUCAUUUUAGUUCUUUCGUAUACUUUGACGUGUCUUUGUCAUAUUCGACGAGACGACGGAAGAGUGCACAUUUUCAUAUCGCUCUACAUGGUAUAGUGCACGCCUAUGAAGUACCCACCACUCAACACUACCUGAGUCUGCAACUCAGAACUCCGAACUGUCGAUAUACUCGCAGAAGAAGACAACAACACAACGUUAAGAAACACAAAAAAAAGCAGAAGCACAGAGUGCACGAACAAUCAAAGCUGGGACUUAGGUAUUAAGGCAGUACUAAGUGGGUAUUGCUUGGAUAAGCAGCAGCAUUUACGUCGUAACGCGCCAAAUAAAUAUUCCACCAACUCACAAAACAAAAAAAGCAAACAUAAUGCCAUACAAAUACACAAAAGCGAUUUAGCGGAUUAACUUAAAGUAAAUGAGUGUGCGAGUGCGGUUUUAUUGCCGGCGUUAAGGCUCUACAUGGGUGUUUUCUCCCCUACAUCGAUGUACAAUCAAUCGCAUGCAUCUUAUUAAAUGUAAAUAGACAGACAGACGACGUUGAGUUGACGUGAAACGCUGCAGGACUCAAUGAGAGCUGACGUGUGCCUCAUCCACAAAAGCCACUAAUCGUUCGUAUCAUAAUCAAAACACAGUGACACAGUGGUGUUAAAACAUUAAUCGCAGCAGUGAAAAAAUUGUGUUUAACUGUAAUUAAAAUACAGUAUCUCAAAAAAAACAGUUGCAAGUUCUUGUACGUUGCGCCGCUCUUAGACGCACGCACGCGCGCGCGCACACUCGCUCUCUUCUUCAUAGGCUCGCGUUUAGUUCGUUCGCACGCACGCAAAUUCUCUCACACGCCGCCUCUCACGUUUCAUUCCCGUUGCAUUUGUGUCAGCAAUAAUAAAUAGAUGAUGGAAUGGCUACCGAGAGGAUUGCCCAGCAUCCAUGCACCGAUACCGAUUUGUGUUCCCCCAAAGAGUGGCCAAAAGCGUCCAGCAACAAGCCCAGCUCCUCCCAUUCCCUCUCCGCAUCACAUCCAAUCUCCCUCCACCACACCCGGUGCUGGCAAUAGCAGCGGUGCCACAUCGGCAGCGCAAAUGUCAUCCAAUCCGGCGUUGAUGAACCACGUUAUGCCCCCCAAUCAAUUGAGUGGCUUGCAAGCCGCUUCGUUGCAACAACAACAACAACAGCAUCAGCAACAACAACAACAACAACAACAACAACAUCAGGCCCAUCAGCAGGCCGUAGCUGCCGCAGCAGCAGCCGCGCAAGCUCAACAACAAAUGGUAGGCGUACCGAAUGCUUUAAAUGCGGCACAAUCGAGUGGACGGGGGCCCUUCGCUUCCGCCCUGCGUAAUUUGGCUAAGCAAGCUGAUAUUAAAGAGGAAGAUGAAAUCAAUGUACGCGGCGAACGUACAGAACGCGCUGUGCAGCUAAGCGCUGGUGGAGGCGGAGGCGGCGUGGGUGUACCAACCGCCGUGAGUGUCGCCAAUACCAAUGUCAAUGUAUCUAAUUCGGUGCGUUCUUCAAUGGCCAAUGAACGUCUGCCUUCAACCGGUGGCAGUGGGCCCGUUAGCAGUGUCGACGAGCGCUUAAUGGCUAAAAAGCGCGCUGCAGCGUCGCCGCAACCGGGUGAGAAGAUUGCGCGCAUAAGUUCGCAGCAAUCGGUGCAAAUGCAGCCUGAGCUGUUGGCGCGCAGUGGCUUCCAGCCUUAUCGGUCAGAUGAGCGUCUCAUACAUCCAGCUGGCGCUUUCCCUUUGGAUGCCUACGCCACCUUCGCUGCUUUGCCAACGAUGCCGCCAGGAGCAUUUUUGAGUCCAGCUGGCCUGCCUUAUUCCGAUCAACUGUACUUAGACCAACGCUUUCAAAUGCUACGUGCCGCCGGCUCCCAUCAUACCCAUCCACAUGCCCUAUAUCCGCCAAUGGCUUCGCCUUACGCCUCCCAUCUUUACUCCAUGAUACCAGGUGCUGCGCUCGGCUUGGGUUCCGCAUUGCAUGAACGCAUGAAAUUGGAAGAGGAGCAUCGCGCACGUAUCGCUAGAGAGGAGGAGCGCGAAAGGGAAUUGCAAAGAGAAAAAGAGCAGAGAGAGCGCGAACGUGAGCAAAGAGAACGCGAGCAACGAGAGAAAGAACAACGAGAGCGUGAACAGCGAGAAAAGGAGCAACGUGAAAAGGAACAGAAAGAAAAGGAAGCACGCGAACGUGAGUUACGAGAGAAGGAGCGGGAGGCAAGAGAACGGGAGCGUCAAAUACUCUCGGCAUCGCAUCACUAUACAAGCCAGUUAUAUUCGCCCUUGGGGCGUAACUUGCUCGGACCGAUGAUGCCACACUUGGGCUUGGGUUUGCGUGCGCCACCUGGUGCGCUGCAUAGCCUGCCACCGAUGUCAGCCUACCACGCGGCGGCAAGCCAACGCCAGAGUCCUCACGCAGCAAUGGGACUUAAUCUAGGCUUGCCUGGCCUGGGCGGUGUGACAUCGCUUACGCAUGGCCCCGGCAGCUUGCCGCACCACCUACAGUCCUCAGCGUUAGGUUUGCCACAUCCAGGUGCCGCUGGUCUAACGCAUCCAGGCUUUCCCGGCGCUGCAUUAGGGUUGUCCCACCACGGUCUCAAUUUAACACAUCCACAUAUCUCACCACACCAUCCGGCAAUGGUGCCCAGUCAUCAAAUUUCACCACACUCAUCUAUACCAUCAACCUCUACCACUACUACAUCGCCGCACAAUUUGAAUUUGGGUUUGCAAAGCAAUGCGGGUGUCAGCAUGAAGGUAUCGGUGCCCAAUAGUGUUUCACAAUCCCCUGUAUCGGGUUUGCAAUCCUCCAGCAGCAUGACUCAAUCCACUGCAACGCUCUCCUCACACAUUCCGCAAAUGAGCAACUCUCUUUACCACUCGCAUCACACUAGUCAGCAUAUGGCCACCGCUGGACUGGCGCCCGCAUCUGCCCAUCAGCAGCCGCCGAACUCAAUGCCGCUCUCGCUAACUAGCAAUUCAGGCCGUAGCCACUCGGCAUCACCGAUCACAAUGAAAUCAGUCCAACAGCCCUCCAACAACCCGAGUAUGCAUAAUCAAAACGGCGGAAGAUCUGCCAGCACCCCACAUCCAUCACGUCAGCAUGGCAUUAGCGCGGCACAGCACCAACAAAAUGUGUCAGUACACGAGAAGUCAAAUGCGUUGACAUCCAGCGCUCUAGAACCCGCCACGCUGGAUUUGACCGGAUCUAACUCGAAUUCCAGCGUACAGGUGUCCUCCGUGGCCAGUAGCGGUGGUCACAAUACACACACCAAUGAAGUGAACGGUGGUGGCGCAGAAGCAGCCGCCGAUAAAGAGCGUAAAGAUGCUGCUGCAAUGGCGGCGUCUUCUAAAAAUCUCGCCACCAAUGUAAGCACCACCGAUAAGAGAAGUCCUUCGAUAUCGCCGCCAGUUUCCGCCAAAGAUAAUACCGUAUACAAUGUGGGUGUGUCGCCGCAUGCAGAAGAGGCAACACGUCAAUGCAGUCCGAAUAGCGCGAUGCCAACAACUGCAGAGCCUCAUACAUCCGUAUCACCACCAGCAAAGCAGCCAGCCGCCGGUAGUGAUGCAAUUGUUGCAGCCAGACAACAUGUUGGAGCAGGAGAAGCAGCUGGUUCAGGUAAUUACAGCAACAGUACCAAAGCUAUGACCGUACCUCCAGACAACAGUGUCAAGCCUACGAGUGACCCCAGCUCCAGUGGUGGUUUUACACCUAAUUCUCAAAGUGUAUCCAGCGAUGUAGCGCCGCCGAUGGCAAGUGCGACAGAAGCACUACAGCCGCCAGCAACACCAACCAACACCACAAACACUUCGCCCACGACGACAACACCGGAUGCGGGCGCCACUGUAGGUGGGGUAACUUCCACCACCGGUGGCAGCACCUCGCCGCCAGUGGUAAGCAGCAGCACGAAUAUUGUAAACAAUAAGCCACACAAAGCUAACUGCGAUGAGACCGUGUCCAGUGCGACGUCGACUACGACCACUGCCGCUGUCGAAGUGAAUGGUGGUGGUUGUGCGGGUGGUGUUGAGGGUGGUGGUCGGUGAUGCUGUGUUGCUGCGUGUCUCUCUGUCUGGUGGCACCAUCAUCGAAAGCGGGCAACAGCUGUACUUUUUCGCUCAUAUAAAUAUUUAGUAACUGUAACUACUGUGUAACUAUAAGAAUAAGCCAAGCUUCAUGCCAUGUACUACUACCCGCUGUUGGAUAUCGCCGCCCACUCCGUUGUUCUUAUUUUCGCUAAUCUCCAAAUACUUUACUUCUAACACAAACUUCCUUUACUUCUAACACAUUGAACUAUCGGUUUAUACUUUAACGUUUAAGCAGCAAUUUAUUAUCGGGACUAUGCGUUUAUGUGUUUGUUUGAAUUUAGUUGUAGUGUAGUUUUCAGUUAACUUUUAUUUUAAUUCACUUUUCAUUUGAUUUCAGUUCUAGUUUAGUUUCUUAAGAAUUAUCUACAUAUACGUUGAGUUCUAAUUAAGAAUUAAACAUAUAGAUGGUAGAAAAACAAUUUGCUAACACCACACAAAUAAUAAUUAAUAAUAAAUAACAUGUGCAAAUUAUUCAAUUUCAAAAUUACAUCUUUUUUGAAUUUAUGAAAUAAACUUUGCAACCUAAAUUUGAA